AUGGAGGACAAAGCUGCUUGGAUGCAUUAUGAUGAUGACGAUGAUGAUGAUGAUGAUGAUGAUGAUGAUGUUUGUGAUGUUGAUGUUUAUGAUUACGAAAAGGAAGAGAGGAUGGAGAAGAUGCAACAGCACACCAACGACGGGGUACAGAGAGAUGGUAUGAGCUCGUGGUUGGAGCUACUCCGCCAAAGUCCUACAGGCUCAGCGUCUACAGAUGCUAUUGGCGAUCUACCUCGAAGGGUCCGAUGGCAGAUGCUGUUACAUGAGCUGAACCGAAGCAGCUCUUCCCUGAGGGGUGUCACUCAACUCCAGUACUUCGUCCAUCGCGGAGGGAAAUGGAUUGAUCCCUCGAAUGGUUACGUCCGGCGGCUAGAACACCGGGAACAAACAGGUUAUAGUCUACCCUAUCAUGUGUGGAGGUGGGGGUUGGUUGUUGGGUACUCGGCAACAAGUGCAACACGCCAUAACGUUUGCGAGCCGACAGACGACGACUUUGCAGGCACCCAGUCUGCGUCCAUUAACCCAAAGGAGAAAAGGUUACGAUCAGUGGGCUGGCCAUAUGGUCUGGGUAUCUCGAGAAUUCCCGCUCUUGCUAGGGUCACCAGAGAGGGGGUCAUGGUCGCCGCCCUGCAGCUAGAGAACGAAGGAGGAUUCCUCGGAGCCGACAAGCUGCGGAGUGACGACGAGAUGUGA